AUGUAAACCAUAGAGAACUAUUAAUAUGACAAGAAGGGAUUUCUAGGAGCAGGCAGUUUUGGUAGUGUAUACAAGGCUAAGAAUAUAAAAACAGGGGAAAUUGUAGCUUUAAAAAUUUUGGAUAUGAAGUUAUUCUAAGAUUAGUUUAUGAUUGACUCACUAAAGAACGAAAUUAAAGUAAUGUAAACCUUGACUUCACCUAAUGUGGUUAGAAUGCUUGAUGUAUUUGGCAAUAAAUAACAGACAUAUAUGGCCAUAGAAUUAUGUGAUUCAGAUCUCAGAUCUGUGAUGCACAAAAAGGGUCACAUAUAGGAGUAAUAGGCUAUAGAAGUACUUGCAUAAUUGAUGAAUGGAUUCAAGGAUUUGGUGUCUCAUAACUACAUUCAUCGGGAUAUAAAACCUGAAAAUUGUUUAGUCAAAAGUAAUGUAUAUAAAGUGGCUGAUUUUGGUUUCGCUACUAAAGUUGAUAUAACAGGGAGAUAACUGCUCAGGGAAUGUGUUGGCACUCCUAUAUAUAUGUCUCCUCAGAUUUUAAAUAAACACCAAUACUCUGCCAAAAGUGACAUCUGGUCUAUUGGGAUGAUGUAUUACGAAAUACUUUUUGGUAAAACUGCCUGGUCUUGCAGAGACAUGAACAGUCUUCUUAGGAGUAUCAAGACUUAGCCUUUAAGAUUUCCUUAUGAAAGACCCAUCAGUGAAAAUUCUAAGGAUUUUAUUAAAAAGUGCUUGAUGAUUGAGGAGGCCAAUAGAAUUGGAUGGAACGAAAUUUUCACUCAUCCAAUUUUUACUAUGAAAUAAUCUGGACAAAUGUAGUAGAAACAAAAUUAUGAAUUGCCCUAAUAAUGUAUCAAGAUCUUAAGGAAGAUGCAGGAGGUUGUUACUGAAAAUAACAUUGAUCCACAUUUCAUUUUUCAAAGAUUCGAUAAAGACAAGAAUAAUAUUUUAGAUGCUAAGGAAUUUAAAGAACUCAUUUUGGCCGUUGAUCCAAAUACUACUCAAUAUGAAAUUUAAACAUUGUUCACAAGGAUCUGUGGUAAGGAUCAAAUCGUUAAUUACAUUGAGUUUUAAAAACUAUUCACAGAAUUUGAUUUCUCUGAUCUCAAUGAUAGAGCAGGACAUAUUAUUAAAGAUAUUUAGGCUGUAAUCAAGGCUAAUAACAUGAAUAUUACUUAAAUAUUCAAUAAAUAUGAUAAGAACCAUUAAGGAGAUCUAGACUAUUAAGAGUUUUACAAUUUAAUCAAAGUUAUUGUGCCUGGAAUUAAAGAUUAUGAAAUUCAAUUGAUGUUUACAAAAUUUGACCGAGAUAACAAUGGUGCUGUCAGUUUCCCUGAAUUUCAGUAUGUACUCAGUAAAGGCACAGGUCAAACUUAAAAAGAUGGAAUUACCUAAAGAGCAUCUGGAGUGUUAAAACAACUACAAAAUACUAUAAGGAUUAAUAAUUUAGAUAUCAGUAAAAUAUUUCAACGUUUUGAUAAGUCUGGUGAUGGAGCUAUUGAUUAAGAAGAAUUUUUCUAAUUAUUAAAAGCUAUAGACGGUAAAAUAAGUAGAAAUGAGGCUGCCAGUGUUUUCCAUGUCUUUGAUAAGAAUCACGAUGAUUAGAUCUCUUUCGAAGAAUUCAAAUCAUAGCUAUGAUAUUAUUAAGUUUUUAUCAUUCAAAAAAAUAUUCAGUUUAACUAUUUAUCA